AUGGUCGUCGGGGGGUUGGUGAUCGGCGGAACGGUGAUCGGGGGAGCGGAAGCGGGGGAGGGGAAGCGAUCGGUGCGGAAGGCGUAUGCGGACGGCAGCAGAUGGCUCAGAGGGAAGGCUCACGAGGGGAAGAGAGUGGUCCCGCUGAGCUUCCGCGCGUCCAUGUUUCUCCUGUUCGCUGGGAUUAUGAUGGUUGCCGUCUCUUUCAAGUCAAUACCUUCACUGAAUAAGGGGAAGGUCGUGCCUGCGGGCGAAAUCGUGAACGGCUCGGGUUUUCAGUCUGUGGAGAAAGCACUUUCAGAGGGACAAGGAGAGGAGGGACGCGGUGUGAAGGGGAGGAGUGGGGAUGGGGAUGGGUUGUGGAGGACGGGGGAAGUGAAUGGGCUUUCGAGGAGGGGGAUUGGAGAUGGUUUGUUGAAGAAAAGGAGAAUGAAGGCGGAAAGCAGAGGCGGGGCAGGGAGCGGGGAUAUGGAGGGAGAGGACGAGUACAGGGGAGGGGAGAGUGAGGGGGACGGUGCUGAGGAGGAGACGCGAGAGGGCCGGAGAGAGAGUGGGAGAGGUGGAGAUGGGGGGAGUGGUGAGGUGCGGAGGACGAUCGGGAAGGAGGAGGAGGAGGAAGAAGAAGCAGAGGCAGUAGGGAAAAUUAGAAGGGUGGGGGCUACUGGGGAUAGCGCAGUUGGGGAGGAUGAGGAAACGGGGGAACAUAGGGGAGAGACGAAGGAUCGGGAGGAGGAAAGACUAGAGGUGGGUGCAGAGAGGAAGAGGGAGGAUGAAGAGGAUGUGGAGGGAGCGGAGGGUGAAGGGGAGGGGGGGGGGAGGAGGGGAGUACAGAAGUAA